UAAACAUCGGUUUAUAAAUCUUAACCUGACAGUGGUCAACGUUUAGUGUUAACUGCUUAGCGUUACGUCGUAGUAAACGGUUGUACUUAGAAAGUGUAAAAUAAGUGCUCAAUAUUUUUAAAAAUCACAAUUUUGAAUUUAUAAUACUCAAUUAUUUAUUACUUAUUUAGAGGAUUUGCCGAGUCAAUCUACUGAAAAAUGAGUUUACUACGGUCUUCAAUUGUUUUUGCAGUGCUAUUAACUUGCAUAUGUGCUCAAAAGCCAUUUUAUGCAUCUAGCAGUAAUCAGUACCCAAGCGUCUUACCCCAAAAUCUACCAAACAAUGGGGACUUGGGCAACAGGAUCGGCGAAAAUUCUACUCCUGACCCAUUCCUGGGUUCGGAAAAGCAGCCGAUAUAUAACGUGGAAAAAGAACUGGUUGACAGAAUAACAAAUGAGUAUCCUAGAGACAAGCAACCGUUUUGGUAUGUGAAUGCCGCAAUGCUGAAUAGUAUCAGAUACCAACCGCAACCGGCGGUACAACCGGCGGUACAACCACAAACACAGCAAGUCAGCAGCUUUGCACCGUCGAGACGUCAAACUAACAUUUAAUAACAACAGCAGCAGUGCGAUUGAAAUUUUCCAUCAAGAGACGUGUCCUGACUCCUGAAAGCGCUAUAUUAUAACAUAUAUUGUAUUAUAAUCACAAAUCUUAACGUCUCUGAAUAAUAGAAAUUGAUUCAGGUAGUAGCAAAAUAUAAUAAUAUUGUCCCAAGAGGUUCAAACUUAUCCAUAUAAAUAUGUCUACGUUUUAUUGAUUCAAUUUAAAAUAUUUAUACUUGUAAUAAAUCGCUAGAUGUUUGCUUUUCAAUGUAACCUUCUAUAUUUCAUAUAGUCGUAUAGAUCAUUUUUGACUAACUAAAUAUGUUACUAAUGGAAUAAGGUAUAUAUAUUUUUAGUUGAUUUGUUGUUUACAGUUUUAAAUAUAUUAUGGAAUUAAAUUGAAUUACACUUUUGUUCACCAAUUUCAAGCUAAUGAGUGUU